GAGGGCAACGUCUUGGCAACAGAGUCAUCUCGGACCUUGGAGGAGUCGAGGCCACGCCAAGUGACUGCCACUUCCGCUUUUCCAUCCGUUUUGUUUUUUUUUUUUUUUUUUGUCGUUACGUCGCUGCCGUUUUGUUCUUUUGUUACAAAUUUUUCUCACAACGGGACGGACGGAUUCUCGCGUCUCUUUUGGGAGAGAUCCGCGAACACGCCAAAAGUCUUCGGUGCGAGCCGGUGUGCCUCGUUGUUCAUGUAAUUGAAGAAGGGACGUCUGCUAUCGACACGAUGACGCCGAGGGGAGCGCUAUGUCUGCUCCUGACGAUUCUGACGUUCGGAGGAUCGCAGUGCGGCACGAGGUACUACGUGAAAAUGAGGCCAAACGCGUCGGAAAUGUUCAAGACCAAAGCCGACGGUUUGAGAAUUCUUCACGAACCGAGCCACGCGUCAGCCACGUCGAACCCGUUGUACGCCGAUAAAACCGAGAUUGAGCAUCAACUCGAGGAUAAGAGGAUGAUCAAAGAGAUAUCGAACGAUCAGUACAACCGUAGAAACUCGUUCGUCGAAACUUCAACCUUCAAUCCGGAUGUGCUUAACAAGUUUCUCGAAGAGUACGCGAACAAGAUUAAGACAACCACCGAGAGGGACUUCAAGUAUCCUUUUCGAAUUGUGAAACCGCCGCCGGAACCGCUCGUUCUUGAAAUCGACGACGAAACCACCGAGACCACGACCGCCCAGCAGCAGGAAGAGGACGAGAAAUUCGAUCAGAAUGCGAACGCUACUUCGACAGACGAUGCGCUGAGUGAGGCAUUAAACGACACCGUGAAGAGAAACAAAUAUUACGGAGUGAGCACUUACGAGGAUAGAAACGGUUGGGUGACACUGGAAGCAAUUCCGUGGUCGAAAAGCAAGAUUUCAAAGUGGCAAGCCAAUCCCAGCACGCAACGGCCUUGGCCGGAGAUAAAGCCGUGGGAUAAACCGAGCAUGAAGCCGUGGGCCAGCGACUAUUCCAUCAGACCCACUUAUGAAAACAACAAACCGUGGUACGACAAGCCGAAGCCCUGGUCCGAGACCAGCGAGAAGCCGUGGCAAAAGCCGAUCUCGCGACCCUCUUAUCACUCGGACGACAACAACAAUCAGGCGCAAAUAUGGCCGCCGGAAAGACCGUCCUGGAACAAGUACGGGGAUUCUCAUCGUCCCAACAGCGACAUCAUCACGGACGACCGACCGGCAAAUUUCCCGAGCACCUGGUCCAAGCCGCAAACAGCCAAGCCCUCCUCGUAUCAGUUUACCGACAGGUACCCGGAGAAGGACCAAUCGAGCGACGGCAGCAACUGGCACGAUUAUCCGUCCAAAUACGAACAGGAUCGUCCGCGACCCACGCUGAUCACCGAGAGACCGAACUUCUCGCACUAUCAGUACAUUAACAAUCAGUACGUUAGCAGCCAUCCGCCCAGUCAUCCGGCGAGCGGCGACGGUCAGUGGGUCCUACUGUCGACCAACAGGGGAUACUCCAAAUCGAGACAGAGAUCGAUCAAGAUCGACGCGAUAAAUCCGGAAACGUUGAAGAACACGACGAGUCGCAAAAAUGGGAACGGAGAGGAUCCGGCGGUAUCUGUGAUGACCUCGAAGCGCCAGGUCAGAUUGACGGUGUUGCCGUCGGUCAACGGCACGAACACGACGACGUCCCACGGAGGUCUCCUGGAGGUCGAGAAGACGUUCAAGAGCGUCGACCAGAGUCGCAAGGAGUACGAGAUGGAGAGACUGUCGACCGUGCCGAACAUCUUGAACAAGAGACCGAUCAGGAACACCGUGGCCGCGCAGCCGUCGAGUUCGGCCGUUUUGGCGGCCGUCGGAGCAGGUAUGUUGCCGGCGACAAUGGCGAUGAUGAUACCGAUGAUGCUGGGUCGGCGAAAGAGAGACUUGAGACUAACGGGGCUGAAUCUACGAACGUCCAGUGAUUUCGCAGUAAACGAUUUGCCCAACAAACUCGCGACGGAAUACAACAACCGACAGGACCGUAGGUACUAAAGCUUAGCCAGAAUUCACCUCAAGAAGAACUCUCUCAUUAACGGCGAUGUGGAGAAGCGCGCAACAUGUGCGAAUGACGUUUGAAGUUUUCGAGAAUGCGGGACGAGGCAUUAGGGAAUGCAAGAAAAAACGGAAGUGGCAACCGGUACUGCGUUACCGGUUUCCAGCGAGAGAAAAAAAUGCUUGGUUACAAAAUAUUCGCGUGUUUGCAAAAACACAUCAAUUUCCGGAAGCGGCGUCAGAAUAAUUUUUUAUUAACUCGCGAGUUAAUUAGUCGCAAAGAAAAUCAAGUUCAAUUUCGGCUCCGAUUCUUAUCGCCGCGUAUUCGUGCGUAUUUACACACGAUUUCAUGAAUAUUGAUCAAUUAAAAGAUAAUUGUAAGCGAAUAUUUAUUUGGACAUCGACGCGCUUCGACGCGGACGUAACUUUAUUCAAUUUAAAUUUAUCGCACAGCAUUAACGCGUUAUUAUAGCGAUAAGAGAGAGAGAGAGAAGCGCGUUUCACAAUCUCAAGUAAUUUUUAUACCGCGUAUAAAUGUAACGGCCGAAUUUACAUCCGUGCCGGAUUUUUACACACACCUCGGAUUAUUCGACUCGCGCUCGCAGAGAUUAAAAAACCAAAAACCAAAAAAAAAAAAAAAGAAAACCUAUUUGAAAUCAAGUCCGGAUGUUCGCGGAUCUACUAUUGAAAGUUUAUCGAUUACAUCGCUUCUUGACGUGUGUUUGAAAGAAACAGAAAAUAUCGCAGCGUUUUUACAAUCUCCAUUAUUUAUUUACAUAACGUGUGUAUCAGGAUAUUACAUAGAAGUUUGCAUACUCUUAUUUAUUUAUUUAUUUAUUUAUUCCGUUCAGCUAUUUAUUUAUUUAUGUAGUACACAGUUAUAAGUUGUCUAUCCAGUAGCUCUCAUCGGCAGCUCCUCCGUAACGUCUUCGCUCGCGUCUCCGGCGAGAGGGAAAGAGAGCAGCACAAACCAAAAUACAUAUACGCUGUAAUGUAGAGGAAAGAAAAAAAAUAGAGAGAAAGAGAUAUUUUAAGCGGAUUUUCAAUAAAAACUGUUUAUCGAUUCUUGUUUUGUAAGGAAGAGAGAAAUCUCUUUGGGG